UAAUAACAAGAAAAUUGAAGAUUUUUGGAAAACUGCCAUUUGUUUUGUCCAAGAUGGGCUGCGUUAUGUUGGGCUACCUUUAACCAUUAUUGGGCUCAAAUGUCUGCAAUUGUUUGCUUCAUUACGGGCCUUUCUAUGGACCAGUCCAUUUAUGGACUACUGUACAAAUUACAUACUGAUUAACAUUACAAAAAAAAAAAAAAAAAAGAAAAAAAAAGAAAAAGAAAAAAAGAAAAAUCGUUUGCCCGCCUUUUGAAGCUUGUACCUCCGCUUCGAAUGUCAUCUUUCCCCUUCUCUCUCUAGAUGAAACCCUAACAUGGAGAUCACCGAAGAGCAGAGAAAGAGAGCCGAAGCAAACCGUCUAGCGGCCCUAGCGAAGCGCAAGGCAGUCGCAGAGUCUGCUUCUGCUACUACAGUGCAAGACUCGUGGAAACUCUUCAAAUGCCGAAAGGUCUCUCUCGAACACAACACCAGUUUCCCAAAACCUACAAUGCCCUCAUCGUUCGACCCGUUUCUUCAACCCCAUUUGCCGGAAAAAUUUCGGGUCAGGCUCGAAAUCUGCUCUCCUGAUUCCUUCUAUGUCACGCCCGAGGCUAUCCAGGGUUUUACCUACCCUGGUGAAGCCGCUUGCUUGGAAAAAUUAAGAGAUUGCCUUUCGAAUGUUGUACCAUCACACUAUACACAAAACCAUGGUGGAGGAAAGGCUUGUGUUUAUCGACUUACUGACUAUGAUGCGGUUCUGAGAUGUUUGAAGAACUCUAAGGGCUUUGAAUAUGAAGAAAUACCUUGGGUAACGCUUAAUGUUGUCGAAAGACUUUCACAUUCCUUCGUUGCAGGGCGAUGGAUGCCCUGCAGGCCAGAACAUUUAUCUGAAGAGAAGGUUGAUGAAUUGAUAAACAACCUUCCAAAAAAGUUGCUAGAUGCACUGCUGCCUUUCCAACUAGAAGGUGUGCGAUUUGGACUUCAAAGGGGUGGUCGGUGUCUCAUAGCUGAUGAAAUGGGGCUUGGGAAAACACUUCAGGCCAUUGCAAUAGCAUGCUGUUUCAUGAGUGAAGGUUCUGUUCUUGUUGUUUGCCCAGCUAUUUUGCGGUUUUCAUGGGCAGAAGAGUUGGAGCGUUGGGUUCCUUUUUGCUUGCCUUCUGAUAUACAUCUAGUUUUUGGUCAUCAAAACAAUCCUGCACAUUUGAAAAGAUGUCCAAGAGUUGUUGUUAUUUCUUACACGAUGCUUCACCGUUUACGACGAAGCAUUUUGGAGAGAGAAUGGGCAAUCUUGAUAGUAGAUGAGUCACAUCAUGUUCGUUGCACGAAGAAACCAUCAGAAUCAGAGGAGAUAAAAGCUGUCCUUGAUGUUGCAACAAAGGUCAACCAUAUAGUGCUAUUGUCAGGGACACCUUCUUUGUCAAGGCCAUAUGACAUUUUUCAUCAGAUAAAUAUGCUAUGGCCUGGUUUGCUUGGAAAGGAUAAAUAUGAAUUUGCAAAAACUUACUGUUCUGUCAAAGUUGUCCGUCGUCGUGAAGGAAAAUCUUUCAUGGAUUUUUCGAAGGGCAUUCGUUUGGAAGAGCUGAACGUUCUACUAAAGCAAACUGUUAUGAUAAGACGGUUGAAGGCGCAUGUGCUAACGCAGUUACCACCCAAACGACGGCAGAUUAUAAAUUUGUUGUUGAAGAGAGCUGAUAUUGAUAAAGCAUUGGAUGUUGGUGGGAUUGUGGACAAGGAUGCUUCUGAAAAAAAUGUUGCUGAAGAUGAGCCUUUAAAUAUUUCUGAUAAACUCGAUGAUACUGGUGGAUGUCGCAGAUCUUCAAGGAAACUUUCUGAGCAAGAACUUGGUAUUGCAAAGCUGUCAGGAUUUUGCGAGUGGCUUUCCAUGCAUCCAAUCAUUAAAGAGUUGGAUGGUGAGGAAAACAGGGAAUUGAGCCUAAGCUCUAGUAAAAUGAUAAUAUUUGCUCAUCACCAUAAAGUUCUUAAUGGAGUACAGGUUAAGAUUGCCAUUAUUGGCAUAACUGCUGGAGGGGUGGGCCUUGACUUUUCAGCAGCAAGAUAUGUUGUAUUUUUGGAGCUGCCUCAAUCCCCCUCCCUUAUGCUUCAGGCGGAAGAUAGAGCUCACAGGCGGGGGCAAACCAAUGCAGUCAACAUAUAUAUUUUCUGUGCAAAGGAUACUUUGGAUGAGUCACGCUGGCAAUGCUUGAACAAGAGUUUGCAACGUGUUUCUUCUACGACGAACGGAAAGUACGAUGCAAUACAUGAGAUAGAGAUUCAAAGUGUUUCUUAUCUAGAAACAGCUGGAAAAUCAGGUGGAAGUUGUGAAAAGUCAUUUCUGGAGACAGCAACAAAUGGUGAACUUUCUUCAGUGGAAUUAAAAAAAAUUCCUAAUAUUAGCUUAGAUGAAGAAUUAAGGCCUACUGAACCACAUGAUGAAAUAGUUGAAAAGGCGAAUAAGAUAUAUGACCGAGAGAAUGAAAUGGGGAGUAUUUCAUCCAAAAACAACAACCGUUGUAUUGAGGAGGCUGACAUGGUUGGCAAUCGAAACAUGGAAAAUUGUUCUGUCCUAGAUGGUGGAGUGGGAGGAACAGCUUCUGAAGCUAGAACUGGAAAUGCUGGAGGACUUUUUCUCCAUGAUUUGAAGGAAAGCAGUGAAGAGAAUAAUAAUCUGGAAAAGGCAGACAAUAUAUUAAUUGAAACAGCAGGGUUAAAGAAUGGUGGAUCUGUCGAACUGAUAGAAGCUGAUUCAGUAAGCUCUACCCGAGCAGAAUUUCUUCGCUUUGAGGUGAGCCAAUAUACUGGAAGGAUCCACUUGUAUUCUUGCAUUCCAGGAGUAGAUGCAAGGCCAAGGCCACUUUUUGAGAAUUUUCGACCAGAGGAACUGGAAUCACAGAAUCUGCCUGCUGACAAUGACAAAAAAGUGCCAUAUAAAUCUAUCAAGGACAAUCCAGCAUAUAGGCACGCUCUUGUGGCAUUCUGCAGUGAGUGGAACAGUUUGAGGCCCAUUGUACAGAAGAAAUUGCUUGCUAAGCCUUUGCAGCUUCCUUUAUCUAUUGAAUUGUGCUACUUGAAUGAAAGCCUUAACCAUGACAAUGGGGGGCUGCUGAAAGGUGGAAGCAAGAGACGUACUACACCUUUGCAGGAGAUUAGCCAUCCGUUACCACCAGAUGCUGUGUGGAAGAAGGUCCAUCUCCGUAAUGGCCAUAGAAAGAAAGAGAGAGAAUACACUCAGGGUUGGACUGUCACGGAUGAACCACUCUGCAAACUCUGUCAAACACCUUGCAAGAGCAACAACGCCAAGAUGCCAGAAUAUUUUGAGGAUCUUUUCUGUAAUUUGGGUUGCUAUGACGAAUAUCGCUUAAGAACUAGUAACAGAUCUUUGCGUGAGGAACUUUUUCAAAUUGAACAUGGCAUUUGCACAAAUUGCCGACUUAACUGCCAUAAACUUGUGGAAUACAUAAGACCUUUAUCUUUUACGAAGCGACAAGAGUAUGUUGAGAAUGCAGCACCAAAGUUGGCAAUGCAUAAGAAAUUACUUGACAAGCUUGUCCAUGACCCGACUGAGGGCAAUGCUUGGCAUGCUGACCAUAUCAUACCCGUCUAUCGAGGGGGAGGUGAGUGUAGGUUAGAGAACAUGAGGACACUUUGUGUAGCUUGUCAUGCUGAUGUUACUGCUGCACAACGUGCAGAACGGCGUUCAACUAGGGUCAAGGCUAAGAGGCAACUUACAGUCUUAAUUAGUGCCCAAAUAUUUCGUCAGAACACAGAACAAAGGGACUCUAAUCCAGAGGACCAAGGUCAUUUGGAGAUUGAGGAGAACAUAGUUGAAGAUGAGCUUUUAAUCGAAGUUCCUGGGAGUGCAUACUCUAUAGUAAAAGACCCUGUUACUAGCAAUGAAGAACACAAAAGACCCUCCAAUACUCGAGAAUUUAAUGACCCUAAAGGCGAUGAAGCAUCCUAGAGCAGUCUCUUCACCAUCUUUGCUGCAUAAUUCAUCCCUUUCUUGUUUUUGUUGUAUACUAAGCAUCCAUUAUUAUCUAUUACUUCUUGCCCUUGACAGCCAACUCAUCUCUGUAACAUUUCUGAUAUAUCUUGUAUUAUUAUUGGGUGUAUUGCAAAAUAUGUGCCAGACAAAAUUACGUGCACUAAAAAGGUGGUUCCAUGUCACUGCACAAUCAACCUUGAAUAGGGGGCAAUGUUGUUUUGAGAAUGUAUUUAUAAUUCAGAGGAAGUGGCCAGUAAGUCUUGCCAGUUGUGGUUUAAAAGGCAUUGUUCACAGCUACAGAUUCUAUAUACAAAUACAAGAUUUUACAUUUUUUUGCUAA